AAAUUCUUCUAAUAAAAAGAAAGAAAAUGUAAAUGCAGCAGUAGAAGUAAACAAAAUGCAAAAUAUUACCUAUUUUGGAUUGUUUCAAACGGGAAAGUCCCGUGAUAUGCCAAUCUAUAAAAGAUUUAAAGAAUUGCUUGAUUGGUCACUAUAAGAAAUUCCUUGUCCCUUUCAAAAUUUUAAGCUGAACUAAAUCAAUUUUUCAGCAAACAUAAUUGCAACUUUUGAUUGAAAAAGAGUGCUAUUGAGAUAAUAAGCCUAUAUAGUGAAGGUUCUGUCAUGCGAAUUCACGAAUUGUUGUGGAAGCAAACGCAUCCAUUUUUGGCGUUGCGCACAAUUGUAGCUAUUAUAUUUUAAUGUAUGCUUCAUGCACCAAUGUGCUCAGGAAAUUUAUUUACCUGUUUCUAGAUGUCGGCCACAAGUAUGGGGUUCGAAUUAGAAUGUAUCGCAUUUCUUGAACACCUGUGUUCUUUCGUUCGAGCUGGUUUGCUCUUCACCGUCACCAACGUUGGUCAAUGUGUUCACACAAAAAAAUUCAAUUGGAGCUCGAUUUUCUUUUUUCUUGGCAAAAAUUGCGCAUAAAAAGCGGGCAGAUAUAAAAGUGGUGAUCGAACGGCUCCCAAUGCUACCGUAACUGAGUUUCGUCCUUCGUGCAUUUGAAAAAAAAGUUACAAAGCGCCCACAAAAUUUUUUUCUCACAGUGGUUUUCGUUCAUUGUACUCCAAUUUCUCACACAAAAAAAGGAGCCAAAGAUAUGCAGAAAAAGGGAGAGAGUUGAGUUGUAUGACUUUAUGCGAGAAAUGAAAUCCUGCAUUCACGUUACGCAAUUCAUGUGCUAUAUUUGAAAGAGUGACGUGAUGUAGUCUACCGUAACUGAAGUGAUCUCCAAUCCACCAGUGUCGUAAAAAAACGAGAUUGGGCUGAACGUUCUGUGCCUCUCUUUUUCGUUCUGCAAUGAUGCAGCCGGCCAUGGAACUUAAAAAUAGAUUGUAAACAAAGAAACUGAAACCAAAAAUUCGUUAAAAUUCUUGUUUCCUUGAUUACCUCUUCUCUAGAAACGAGUAAACAAAACAUAAUCAUUUAACAAGCAAUCUAUAUCAACCAAUAACGAUUUAAGGUAUAGUUUUCCUAUCGAUCUGUGAAACAUGAACAAUAAACAUGUAAUACUUAACACUGAACGCAACGACUUAUGCGAUUAGGCAAAAUAAGAUAUUGGCCUUUUAAACUAUAGCCUCCAAAAAUGAUCAUCAGUUCUCCGCCAUUAGUUUUAAGCGAAAAAUGUCUGUUUUGAUUAUCAAGCAAAAUUAAAAAUAAUUGUAGCGUGAAUGCGUGCGUGCAGAGAGAACAUUGAAAUUUGUACUGAUACAAAUUCAGUUUGCGGUCUCGUCAUUAUCGUAAAGUUGGUGUUAAUAACGACUUUUGACGAUACAAGGAAUUAAUUAAUUUCAUUUCGCAAGCCAAUAUUCUUUUAUUGCUGCCGAUAAACACACUAAAGUUUUGUAUUCUGGCACCGAGCUGGCUUUUAUAAUAUAAUUACUGCGGCUCCUAAUGCUGGUAUCGACAUGGGAGUGAGCCGCUGAAAGUAAAGAAACCGUAACGGAUUCUCACCUUCGCGCAACCCAAAUUUCAUGCUAUACGUGCGCAAUUUUGUUAUGCUUUUUCACGGACCUUGCUUACCGCAUCAUUGGAAGGCGAUUUCUGAUCGCCUACUGUCAUUGGCUUUAUGAUGCAAUGUUUAACAUUGUGAAAGGAGUCGAACGGAUUUCAUGUUGGCUCUCUAUAGCUAACCUGCACGUAACAGAGGUAAAUAAAGCAACAAAUCAUUAUCUCUAUUGCUUACUGCAUACUCAAGACCAUUGUUUUGAUCACGCCAAAUGCGUCUGUUAUCUUUUGGAUGAGGUCGAAUUUGAAAUAAAGCCCCACAGCACUGUUGCUGAAAAAUCUAAAACAGGAAGAAUGAAACAAAAAGAGAGCCAAGGCAAAAAAGAAGGACCAUAGCAAUGACAAACCUAGUGAAGGAAAACAGUAGUGGAAUAGUUAGUAAAGAGAGCGCGGAAUAUUGCAUAUUGAAAGACAAGGUAGAGGUUAAGUUUAAUACAGAAAAAGUUCAGUUACUGGUUUUGUCAGUACGUUCGGCUUGCCAUACCUGCGGCAAUUUUAUUUCUUUCAACUCUGUUUGCCAGCGGCGAAAGUCCUCAACCGGUUUCCAUAUUUAAAAAGACGCGUUCGCAAUGAAAUUGAAGUCAUUCUAAUCAGAACUGGCGAUAUGGAGGGACGAUCAUUUCUUCGCGGAGAAAGCCAUGCAACCCACAGUGACGGUAAAGAGUGUUUGACGUUGGACGCAGUCUUGAAAAAAGCUCUGUCAGACAAUCCAGAACUAGCUGAGCGCGAAGCACUACGUGACAACAGGCAAACCAUCACCUUUGCCCAGCUGAAUAGCAAAGCAACGGAAUUGGCCGAGCGAUUGGCGCGGAUUAUUGAACUACUGCCACAGCCGGAAGGUGACAAGAUCGUAGCGGUCAAUCUGUUUCCUGAUAUUGAGCUAAUUGUUAGCUUGCUGGCCAUUUUCAAAAUUGGCGCUGCUUAUUUGCCACUCGAUCCAACAUUUCCAGCUGAUAGAGUCUCUCACAUCCUUCAAGAUGCCCAACCUAUUUUGCUGCUCACCACCGGAUCCAUUCUGCGAAAAACGGCUUUUGCUUCCGUCGUUGUUGAGCUCAACGUGCCCGUCUUUGAUCUCGAAAACAAGGAGAGCAGUGAAGUAUACAUCGCAUUCAACGAAAAGACAAGAGGCAAUGAAACUGCUCCACGUGUACGAAAUGUUUUGGCAGCUGUGCUUUACACCUCGGGAUCGACGGGAGUUCCCAAAGGCGUCCGUCUGGAACACGCAACAAUACUCCACCGACUCAAUUGGCAGUGGCGCACUUUUCCUUUCCAUUCCGCAGAGGUGGGCUGUUUCAAAACGGCUCUUACGUUCGUUGACUCCAUGGCUGAGAUUUGGGCUCCCUUAUUGAUCGGCCAACCCGUUGAGGUCGUGUCCAAGCCCGUCAUUCAGGACGCACAGCGUUUCAUCGAUCUCCUGGAUCGAUGCAAAAUAACACGCCUCGUCUUAGUCCCAUCUCUUCUUAAAGCGAUGCUAACUCUUUUGAAAUCUCGCGCCCGAAAGACGGACGAAUCUUUGCCAUAUGCCGGUAAUGGACAUUAUCCUCUUAAGCAUCUCAAGAUGUGGGUCUGUUCAGGAGAGAUUCUUACUGGCGAGCUACUUCUCGAAUUCUACGAUUGUUUUCCUGCCGGCACAGUUAUUUCCAAUUAUUAUGGCAGCACCGAAUUAAUGGGUGACGUCACCUACGCCACUUUUAAAUCCCGAGAAGAUGUGCUUGCCUCUUUCAUUGAUGAUAAAAUUCCUAUUGGUAAACCCAUGGAUAACUGUGCCAUAUACCUGUUGGACGCCUCGAAAGAGCUUGUAGAUAACGGCGAGAUUGGAGAGCUCUACGUUGCUGGAAGUCACCUGUGUUCGGGUUACGUCAGAAACCGAGAAAUGGAACGUUUCUUGAAAAAUCACGUUGACAACACACCAGGUUAUGACGUCAUGUUUCGAACGGGUGAUUACGGCAAGAUCAUCAAUGGCCAACUUUACUAUUUCGGCCGCGCUGAUUCGCAAGUUAAAAUUCGAGGCCACCGUGUUGAUUUGAGUGAAAUCAAUGCUGCCAUCGAAGGGAGCAAACUGGCCUCGACGUGUGUUGUUCUUAGCUACAAAGCGGGAGAACCUGAGCAGGAAAUCGUGGCUUUCAUAAUACCUGGGCAAAAAGAAACCACCGUUGAAAUAAUCAAAGAGCGAGUGAAAGACAAGCUUCUAUCUUACAUGAUGCCAAAGUUUGUGGUAAUCGACGAGCUACCAUUGCUUGUCAACGGUAAAGUCGAUCGCCAGAAACUCAUGCAAAUCUACGCCGAUCAACUCCACAAACAAAAUGGCAAAACUAAUUAUUUAAAAAUAUGGGAGGGAAAUAAAUUCAGUCGUGAAGAGAGAGCCCUUUUAAAGACAGUCCAUUCAAUAAUCGGCACUUCAUCUGGUAGAGCUGUUCAACUUUCGGACAAUUUUUUUGAAAUUGGAGGCAAUUCCCUCAAUGCUGUCAAUGUGGUCACCAAACUAAAAGAUCAAGGCUUUCACAUAGAUUUAACCGAAUUCCUAACAGCCUCUCAGCUAAAAGAUCUAGUUCCAGAACUUUCACAACGAAAGCCGGGAUCAAAAACACACACGUGUCAUCAACUUUCUGGUUACGUAGUGGAAAUGCUUGAUACCUCAGUAAAGGAAGAUGUUAUUAGAAUUAUCAGCCUUUGCUUCUCGGAGAAAUCAGAGCUUGAUCUGUUGACUGGCGUCACUCGCGAGGAUCACGAAAUCUUCUUGGGCGAACUCUGGGAGUCGGUGGUGGCAGCGGAGUUGAGCUUUGUCAUCAAGGAUAAUAGUGGAAACAUCGUGGCCGUUGCUCUAAAUUUCGAUCUUUUUGAUGAGCCAGUUGUUAAACCAAAAACCCACCGUUUGGCAUACAUUCUUGAAUUUCUCGAGUCUAUCGAGGGUCCGAUUAUAGCGAAACACUUCGAAAAACGAAAAAACUUGUUGAUUCACAGCUUUAUGAUGGCAACAGCAGAGACAACCACUCCACCAGAGAACGUUUACCUCAUCCAGAAAAUGGAAGAAGAAAUCCUGACGUUGGCCAAACGGAAAGGCUUCGUGGGUGUUUUCACGACCAAUGCCAACGAACUCACUAGGCAAAUUUGCAUCGACCUACUAGACUACACCGUCCUGUUUGAAUGCCAAGUGAAUCAGUUUGUUGCAUCUGAUGGAAAAAGCCCCUUCUUGCACGCUGCUGAUACCCAUUAUACGACUGUUAAUGUUAAAUACGUCCAUUAAAUUUUCUCAUAAAUAUACCUAGAAUUUUUCUUAUACUACUGACGAACCUAGUAGAACUGCUAAACGACAAGAUUCGAUUGACUCUAAUACACAUAUGGUUUUCUUAACAAA